AUGGCUACACACCACGACAGCACUCCGGUGGAGAUUGGCGUCGUCAGCAGUGACUUCGCUGCCACCACCGAUAUGGACAUUUGUGCCAACUCUCCCGGGAAGAGUGAUUCUGGCAAGAGCGACAGCAGCACUCUCUCGUACACCGAUGACUUCGAGACACUUCCUUCAAGCGGUCCUACUAGCCAUGCCCACAUCCUCGAUCUAGACGAGUAUGCCGCAUUCAUGAAGGAAGAUGGCGCACUCAAGCUACAAGAUGCCGUUGUCACCGCUCUUUUCAACAUCUCGGCUGAGACCCUCAAGGCGUUUGUCAGCCCUACUGUCAACACGUUCAAGGUUGUAUUCGGCAAGAAGGACGUCCAGCUAGUCAUCUGGCGCAAGGGUUUAGAGGUCUUCAUUGGCACCUUCGAACACCACACUUCGAUGAAAGCGUACCGCUUCGAGCACGUCGCGGGUUUCCUCAUCGGUUACGAUGGCUCUUGGCACCUGAAGGUUACGGCAAGCAACGCCUACUCCGCUUCAAAGUGGCCAGAUGUCUGGGCAGGCAAAUUCGAGUGCCAUGGCGGCGUUGCUAAGAUGACCAUCGAGACCGAAGAGAUGGAGAUGGCAAAGCGCGCCUCGGCAUUGGCGACUGCAAUGAUCGGUGGCAGAUAUUGGGAGUUGAAGACGGAUGUUAAGAUGACUUGA